CCCUCGUGCGCAGGCGCGGAGUCGUUGCCUGCGGAGCGGUUGCGAGCAGAGCGAUUCCCAGAACUGCUUCACCGGGAAGGGCUGGACUUGCAGGUUCCGAGGCCGCCUGGGCGGCUCAGCACAGCCUAAAGCCCCGGCGUCCGCCUCCUGCGGCGUCCUUGGAUCCGUCGGCAUGAAUCCCACCGUCAUCGUGGUCCACGGUGGCGGAGCCAGCAAUAUCUCCAAGGACCGGAAAGAGCGUGUGCGCCAGGGCAUCGUUAGAGCCGCCACCGCGGGUUACAACAUCCUCAAGGAGGGAGGGAGCGCAGUUGACGCCGUGGAAGGAGCCGUGACCGUCCUGGAAGAUGAUCCCGAGUUCAACGCAGGUUGUGGAUCUGUCUUGAACGAAAAUGGUGAAGUUGAAAUGGAUGCUAGUAUUAUGAAUGGGAAAGACUUGUCUGCAGGAGCGGUGUCCGCAGUCCGCUGUGUCGCAAAUCCCAUCAAACUUGCAAGACUUGUUAUGGAAAAGACACCUCACUGCUUUCUGACUGACCAAGGUGCAGCGAAAUUUGCAGCGGCCAUGGGGCUCCCAGCAGUUCCUGGAGAGCAGCUGGUAACAGAGAGAAACGUAAAACGCCUAGAAAAAGAAAAGCAUGAGAAAGGGGCUCAGAAGUCAGACCAUCAAAAAAGCUUGGGGACCGUGGGCGCUGUCGCCGUGGACUGCAGAGGAAACGUGGCUUAUGCGACCUCCACAGGGGGCAUCGUCAACAAGCUGGCGGGCCGCGUCGGAGACACACCGUGCAUAGGAUCUGGAGGUUAUGCUGACAAUGACAUCGGAGCCAUUUCCACGACGGGACAUGGGGAAAGCAUCCUGAAGGUGAACCUGGCCAGACUCACGCUCUUCCACGUAGAACAGGGAAAGACGUUAGAAGAGGCUGCGGACAUGUCGUUGGGUUAUAUGAAGUCAAAGGUCAAAGGUGUCGGUGGCGUCAUCCUGGUCAACCAAGCAGGAGACUGGGCGGCAAAGUGGACCUCCACGUCCAUGCCCUGGGCGGCCGCAAAGGACGGCAGGCUGCACUCUGGAAUCGACCUUGGCGAGACCAACGUCACUGACCUGCCCUAAGCCCCCGGGAGACUGUGUUCUAGAUGCUAGCUUGGAGGGAAAGCACGCUUGCCUGGUGUGGAGAUCUAGCUUAAUCAAUUAGAUCUAGAAAUGGAAAAA